AUGUCUGGCAGGAGGUUUGAUCAAAUACUUAAUUGCUUUAGUGWACAGUAUACUAACCGUAAUAAUAAUGAAAUGAUUGGACCUAUGAUGAAAGUACAACCAUUAUUUGACACAUUAAUUCAAAAUUUUCAGACAGCUUUUUUUCCUACCGAACAUUUAUCAAUAGAUGAAUCAUUAUUGUUACACCGUGGUCGAAUUAUAUUUAGGCAAUAUAUAAAAAAUAAGAAGGCUAGGUAUGGCAUUAAAUUUUACGAACUCACUUCAUAUGAUGGGUAUGUGCUCAACAUAGAAAUGUACCAAGGAAAGCAAGAACAAUUAACUGUACCAUCUAGGACAUCAAAAAUAGAUAGUAUUGUUUUARGGUUAAUGAAUAAUUACCUAAAUAAAGGUUUCUCUCUAUACAUGGACAACUAUUAUAAUAGUGUGACACUUUCAAAUACUUUACUUGAACUAAAAACGCACACAACUGGAACUUUAAGAAAAAAUCSUAAAGGAAACCCUAAAGUUGUAAUCGACAAUAAAAUAAAAAAAGGACAACAUGUAUGGAGACGUAAAAAUAAUGUUUACGUAAGUAAGUGGAAGGAUAAACGUGAUGUUUUGUGUAUAACAACUAGAGUACAUCCAAAAUUAAUACAGUCGGAAAAUCGGUACGGCCAACCAAAGAACAAACCGUCGGAGAUCGUCGAGUACAACAACUAUAUGAGUGGUGUUGAUCGGUCAGACCAGAUGGUCAGCUACUAUAGCAGUCCAAGAAAGACAUGUAAAUGGUAUAAAAAGGUAAUUUUUCAUUUACUCGAUAUUACAGUUUGGAACUCGUUUUUUGUCUAUAAAAAACAUUUUGACACUCCAAAUAUGAAAUUUAAAGCUUUUCGUGAUUUACUCAUAAAAAAUUUGUUCAAUAUUCCGAACAAUGUGACUGCAAAUGAACUGUUUGUACUAAAGAAAAAGCCAUCAAUACCUCCAGCAACCAAUCACUAUCAAGAAAAAAUACCAUUACCAGAAAAUUAUAAGAGAACAAUUUAUUACAAAAAUUGCUUACAGUGCUACAAGACCAAUAAAACCAGAAAACAAACGUCUUUCCAGUGCAAGCAAUGUGCAAAACCACUUUGUGCUGGAUUUUGUUUUGAAGCUUAUCAUAAAAAGUUGUAG